AAGGCUGUGACAUCACUUCAGGACCCGGAAGUGUUUCUUGACUAUCGUUUUGAAUGAAAUCUGGCUGAUUCACGGCAGGUGAAGCGGAAACAAGACCCUUUGACGAGAACUCUCCUUCAUCCAGACCCUUUAAUCACAGGAAAAUGGACCGACUUUUAAGGCUUGGUGGAGGUAUGCCUGGACUGGGUCAGGGACCACCAACAGACGCUCCUGCAGUAGACACCGCAGAGCAAGUCUAUAUAUCCUCUCUAGCCUUACUUAAGAUGCUGAAACAUGGCCGUGCUGGUGUCCCUAUGGAAGUCAUGGGACUGAUGCUGGGAGAGUUUGUGGAUGAUUACACAGUCAGAGUUAUUGAUGUAUUCGCUAUGCCACAGUCCGGAACGGGUGUUAGUGUGGAGGCCGUCGAUCCCGUGUUCCAGGCGAAGAUGUUGGAUAUGUUGAAGCAGACAGGAAGGCCCGAGAUGGUGGUUGGUUGGUAUCACAGUCACCCCGGCUUUGGCUGCUGGCUCUCCGGCGUCGAUAUUAACACGCAACAGAGCUUCGAAGCGCUCUCGGAAAGAGCCGUAGCUGUAGUGGUGGAUCCCAUUCAGAGCGUUAAGGGAAAGGUCGUCAUUGAUGCCUUCAGACUGAUCAAUGCGAACAUGAUGGUCUUGGGACAUGAACCAAGGCAAACAACCUCAAACCUUGGGCACUUAAACAAACCGUCCAUACAGGCUCUCAUUCACGGCCUGAACCGACAUUACUACUCUAUAACCAUAAACUACAGAAAAAAUGAACUGGAGCAAAAGAUGUUGCUGAAUUUGCAUAAAAAAAGUUGGAUGGAAGGCUUGACUCUUCAGGACUACAGUGAACACUGUAAACUCAACGAGACUGUUGUAAAAGAGAUGUUGGAGCUAGCAAAGAAUUACAACAAGGCUGUAGAGGAGGAAGAUAAAAUGACACCAGAACAACUUGCAAUCAAAAAUGUGGGGAAGCAGGACCCCAAACGCCAUUUGGAAGAACACGUGGACGUUCUGAUGACCUCAAACAUAGUCCAGUGUUUAGCAGCGAUGUUGGACACUGUUGUAUUUAAAUAAACGGUGUGUGAGGGUCUGUCAUACAAGUUCAGCGGUGUGGCCGGAUUACACAAGGAAUCAGCAGUCCAUCUUAUUAUUGCGUUACAUUGUGAUGUAUCGGUAUAUACACAGAAUCAAAUAUCACUUUGCAUUUUUCCCAUUCUUAAAAUUAAAUGCCAUCUGGGCGCUAUUUGAAAGCAAACUAAGUAUCUCUAUAAAACAAUUUGUUCGGAUGAAUAUGACUUGAAAAAUCAAGCCCUAUUCUACAUAAACAGUCUACAUAUUAUAUUGUUGGUGUGCAGACGCUCAAUUACUUAAACGUUUUUGUGGAAUUGAUUGGUGCCGGCCAACUAAGAGCCGCUCUUGCGGAGACUGUAUUAAAGUUAUUUCAAUUGUUGGGGAGGAUUCUACUAUAAACUUUACUAUAGAUGAGUCAAAGACAUCCAAUAACGUGAACUGCUGCUUUAAAUGUACAACAUCUGGCAUCGCUUGCAGUCUGGGACCAGCGCGGUAACACCUUUUCAGUCUCCGUUGUGCAAUUACUUCUGUUCGUAGACGUCAGGGUGUUCGCAGACUGCAAAGUAGAUUGAGACUACAUUAGGGCAAAUUUUAUUAACUUUCCAUUUGAUAGCAAAAAAAGAAACAUGUACCACAAAUGAUAUAUUGUGUUUCCGCAUAAUAAAAAUAUUGUUUGAAAAA